UGCGUUCAUCAUCACGUGACUUCCUGCCUCGUCGGUGACAUCAGCAUGCCAGAAAAGUUGGGGGAAAGUUGUUCGUUUGUUACCAACAGUCGUUCGUUCCAAGAAAAAAAACCUUAUUUACUCCAUUUUCUUGUUAAUUCGGACCUAUACUCGCAGCUGGCGGCAGCGUUUGGAUAUACAGUUGACGGGUUGUCGUGCCCUGCUGUCGGCAUAAUCAAAACUGUCAAUACGCUCACUGCUUCGCGGAGCACGACAAGCUGUUGACAGCCCCAGAGGUAGCGACAGGAACAAGUGCGACGACAGGUGCUUGGAAUACGUGCGAGAGAAAGGUCACAGUCGAGUUCACCUAAAGGUUACAGCGUGCUUUUGUUUCUACCUCAAAGGUAGAUGUGUGCCUCUAGUUCACAGGCUCGACCCCAGGUGAGACUAAGUGUGGAAAUAGUUUGGCAGCUAGCAUUCACUAUGAACAACAGUACAUGAGCAACAAAGACUGUGCAGAGGAUAUCACCCAUGUAACAACGUAUCAACGUGUUUCCUUUUCCUAGCGUGGAGACUUGUGUCCGGAACUUCUCCAGCUCCCCUUCAUCUCCCCCUCGUUCACUGUGAACCAUGAUGGCAAUGCUAACCAGCAAGGAUGAGUUGUUCUUUAAGUGCGCCUUACAGACCUACAAGCUGGAGAAAAGUGCGGAAACUCGAAAACACCUGCAAGAGGUUCUGGACUCCUUGAAGGCAAAGUAUGGGGAGCUUCAUGGUUGCAUUCCAUUCAAACGCAAGCUGAUAAAGAGAACAGUCAAGCGGGCGUCCAGUGCAGCCUCCAAAGUGCUCGCUGACGAAAGUUGCGAUGAACCUGGCGACGACGAGCAAGGACAUCUAGCCACAAACAUGCAAGUGUGGAUCGACAAUCAAAAGGCCUUUGGACGUAUCAGUGAAAUUAAAGCAGGUCUUAUAAAGCAGGGUUUGAAGAAGGAGGACUUGGUGAAAUACCUGAAGGAAGAGACCUCUGCGCAUGAAAGGGACAAGAGCAUCACAGAUCAUAUGAGAAAUUUGGUAAUGAUGGUGGAGAAACUGUACCCGGACUACAAAGCGAAUGUGUCAACCACUCGGUAUCUCGGACUGAAGACACAAAUAGAAACUAUUAUUGAAAAAUAUGAUAUAGAACUUCAGCGUGUGACUUGACAUUUUGACUUUUAAUGUACAGUGUUUUUUGGGGCAAACCAAACCAUGCCACUAAUAAACAGACAUUUAUCAGCAAAACAUUAUUGAGAAACAUUUACUCAGCCGUGAAAGCAUAAACAAAGCAGAUCUUUUCACUCUUUGCACUGUAAAUCCUGAAUAGCAAUGUUCAGACAAAAACAUGUCUUCGUGCUACUUCUUCUACCAUCUUCGGGUCACAGGAACAAAUCUUCGACUCUCGGUUACCGAGUAGUGCUUUGAUGAUUGUAUUUAGAGUUAGAAUCGGGUGCAAUUUGUUUUAAUGAUUGCUCGGUGCAGUGUAUAACUUUUCCAAAUCUGGGUAAAUAAUUCCCUUUCCUUCUCGAUAUUCACACCUAUUCACACCUACAAACAUAACCAUGAACAAAACAGGGCAGACUCAUGACGUCACCUUCGUACACAGACUAGCCUCAUUAACAUAUGGUCCCAGCUCUCGCAGUAGUUCAAUUCAAUUCAAUACAACUUUAUUCAUCCACAAGGGCAAUUAGUUGUGGCCUUCUCAGCAUAAACGCAUGCAUGUACAAUUCUGACUUGUAUGUUGCUGACCUCUUUCUCCCCAUAUUAAUGUUUGUAUUCGAGUAUUUUGACAAGAGAAUUGGUGUACCUACCUAGAUUGAGCAAUAAUACCCUGCACCGAGAUUAACCGAAUAAUUAAAAAAGCAAGUGUAACCAACCAGUCCUUUAAGUAUUUAUCCACUGAUGCAGUAUUCAAUCCAAAAGGUCUCGAGAUAUUGGGGAUAUUUGUAUUUAUUGUCCAUGAAAACCAUUUUACCGAUAUUUGUAAUAAACUACCUUAAUAAUACGCA